GUCGUCUUCUUCCUGUCUUGAACAAAAAGAAAGCAGAAAACCCUCUUAACUACUCCAAUUCGAAGAGGGACAACAACGGAGGAAGUUCCCGUUUUUGCAAUUCAUCGGUGAAGCGAUACAAUCGAACGGAGACGUAGAAGACAAUGUUCAGAAACCAGUACGACACUGACGUGACGACAUGGAGCCCCGCCGGCCGAUUAUUCCAAGUGGAGUAUGCAAUGGAGGCGGUGAAGCAGGGGUCUGCGGCGAUCGGGCUCCGAUCCAAGACCCAUGUGGUUCUGGGUUGCGUUAACAAGGCUAAUUCCGAGCUGUCUUCUCACCAGAAGAAGAUCUUCAAGGUCGAUGACCACAUUGGGGUUGCCAUCGCUGGCCUUACCGCCGACGGUCGUGUGCUUUCUCGGUACAUGCGAAAUGAAUGCAUCAAUUACAGUUUCACUUACGAGUCGCCACUUCCUGUAGGGAGGCUCGUCGUGCAGCUUGCAGACAAGGCUCAGGUGUGCACUCAACGCUCAUGGAAACGGCCAUAUGGUGUUGGUCUAUUGGUAGCUGGUUUGGAUGAAUCUGGAGCUCACCUCUACUACAACUGCCCAAGUGGAAACUACUUUGAGUAUCAGGCUUUUGCUAUUGGGUCUCGCUCCCAAGCUGCAAAGACAUAUUUGGAACGUAGGUUUGAAAACUUUAUGGACUCUUCAAGGGAAGAUCUAAUUAAGGAUGCUCUCAUGGCAAUAAGGGAGACCCUGCAAGGAGAAACUCUCAAAAGUUCAAUAUGCACAGUGGCUGUGGUAGGGGUUGGAGAACCAUUCCAUAUUUUGGAUCAAGGAACUGUACAACAAAUGAUUGAUGCAUUUGAUAUUGCGGGAGAGCGAGAGGCUCCUGCUCCUGAACCAGAUGAGGCAGAAGAGCAGGGGGCUGCAGAAGAGCAGGGGGUUGUGGCAGAGCCUGGUGAUGGUGCAGAUCAGGGUGGUGCCACUGAUGAAGGUGUGGCUCCAAUGGAUAUUUAAGUAUGCAAGAACUGCUGGUGCCUCUUUCUUUGGAUUUAGAUGAGAUUUUCUAAAAUGUAUUUUGCAGAAUUCUGUUGGGCAUCAUAAAGCUCUAUUCUGUUGGAUUUUCACCUGCUUCUGCAAAUUAUCUGUAUUUUCACUGCUAACAUUUAGUGCCAGACUCUGCUGGAACUUAAAUUUUCAUUUACAAUUACUCUCAUGGCAGAAUCAAUUUGACUUUGGUGA